AUGCCCACCGGCGACUGCUCCAUGCUCUGCAUCAACAACAUGGCUCGCAUUGCUCAGACCGAGUUCCAGUGCGGUGAGAACGACCUUGGCUGCUUCUGCACUCAGUCCAACUGGGCUUUCGGUAUCCGCGACUGCACCCGCCAGGCCUGCGAUGCUGACCAGUCUGCCGCCGCUGUCAACUGGGCUUACGCUCGCUGCGCUGGUGUCGCUGCCACUGCCUCUGGCACCCCUGCCGCUCUCCCCAUCUUGACCUCUGCUGCUGCUAGUGCCAGCGCCAUCCUAUCUUCCGACGCAUCCAUGGUUACUUCAGUUGUCUCCAGCGGCGCAUCUGGUGUCGAGAGCAUCACUUCUUCUCUCGCAUCUGACGCUUCCUCCGCUCUUGAGUCCGGACAGUCUGCAAUCAGCUCUGCCCUUGCCUCCGCCAGCUCUGCCCUUGCCUCGGCCUCUGCCAGCAUCUCCUCUGAGCUUGCCUCCGCCACCGACUCUGCUGGCAGCGCCAUCUCCUCCGCCACCGACUCGGCCGGAAGCGCCAUCUCUUCCGCUACUGACUCUGCCGGAAGCGCCAUUUCUUCCGCCACCGACUCUGCUGGAAACGUCAUUUCUUCCGCCACUGAGGCCGCUGGCAGCGCUGCUUCCUCUGUCGCUGCUGGUGCCGCCGCUCAGGUCACCGGCAUUCCCUUCGCCGCUGGUGCUGGUAUUGCUGCUUGGCUCCUGCUCUAA